UAGAAUUUUCUAGCUCAAACGUCACAUCUCUCCGCAGGGAAACGCCACUUUUAGCAGCUUUCCCCCGCUAAUAGUCGACAGUGCGUCGUCAUUUCUAAACUAGCCGUCCCGUAUAAAGUAAGGGUCUACGGUGUUUUUGCUCGGGAGUUGUUUUAAGAAAAUAUGGCUGAGGUGUUUUUCUUUUCCUUUUUUCUUUUCAAAAGUGACGCUCGUGCUUCUGCUGAAGUUUUCAUGGCUGACUGUCAUCAAACAAACUGAAUCCCAAACAGCUAACCCAACACUUACCUUGCGCGAGCGUACAGCUAGCAAAGAGAGCGACCCACUUUUGGGGAAGGCUGUGUUCUUUUAAAAAAUGACCACAGUUAUUUCUAAAAAGGACCAAAAUCCUCAACAAUGAAGCUGCUGAUGGCGAAGCGGGCUUGUGUUGUCUGUCUCUUUUUGGAGGAGGAGGUGGAGGAGGAGGACCUCAGUCUCCACCCAUAAAAAAAACACAGAGUUACGCGCUGUUUGCAGAUGGAUCCCCAGCUGCUGCUCCGUGUGUUGGAAUGAACAGGUCCAGGUCCAGCUGGGAUAAAAAGACCUCCCAAGCUUCAGUCACCAGGAUAACCCGCAGCUCUCAGGCCAGGCACACCAAUCACAUAGAGCCCCCGGACUCCGGGCCGAGCCUUUAUGGAAAACAAAGGAGGAAGCAAACUGAUUCGGCAUUGGCUCAGAACCUCAGUCAGAUGAGUGUGAGUGGACAGGAUGCUUUAUUUACAGGUAAAGGAAAGGUUCCCAAAGCCAGCAGUGAUGUUGUGCCGGCACCUCAGCCCUCUGCACCAAGAUCUGAUCAGGCUGCUCCAUCUUCGCCCGCUGUUAAGUCAUCAUCCCAGGGAGGCCUGGCAUCUGUGGCUCGGCUGGUGAAGCUCGGCCGCUGUAAGAACGUAGUGGUGGUGGCUGGAGCAGGAAUCAGCACAGCAAGUGGGAUCCCAGACUUUAGGACUCCAGGAACAGGUCUUUACGCAAACUUGGAAAAGUAUAACAUCCCAUACCCAGAAGCCAUUUUCAACAUCGACUACUUCUCCAAUGACCCGCAGCCGUUCUUCUCCUUGGCUAAGGCUCUGUAUCCUGGCAGCCAUCGUCCAAACUACAUACACUACUUCAUCCGCAUGCUUCAUCACAAAGGCCUCCUGCUGCGAUUGUACACCCAGAACAUCGACGGACUGGAGAAAUUGUGUGGCAUCCCUGAUGAAAAACUCGUAGAAGCUCAUGGAAGUUUUGCCACUGCUUCGUGUCACCUGUGCUACACUCCUUACCCCGCUGAGGAGGCCAAGCGUGCGAUAAUGAAUGACAACGUCCCCAUAUGCACAUUUUGUGCCGCAACGGUCAAACCGGAUGUUGUGUUUUUCGGAGAAGACCUUCCUCAGAAGUAUUUCCUGCACACUAAAGAUUUCCCAAAAGCUGACCUGCUCAUCAUUAUGGGCACGUCUUUGCAGAUUGAGCCAUUCGCCAGCUUGGUGAACACGGUGCGCUCCACUGUGCCACGUCUCCUCCUGAACCGACAUGCUGUGGGUCCCUUUGAGAAGGUCCCGCUCCGGCGAGGGGACCACAUGGAGCUAGGAAACCUGGAGGAUACUGUGCGGAAGUUUGCCGAAAUGCUCGGCUGGAACAAUGAGAUCGAAGAGCUGAUGAGGAACCAGGAAACACUGACCAUCCCAGCGUUGGUAAGCAGUCUGCCAUCACAGACAUGUCCGAUCAGAGCAACAGCAGAGCCUCAAGGCAGGACGGAGACAUCCAGGUCCAUACCAGGAGCUCAGAGAGCAGCAGGCAGCGGCGGCGAGGAGACAGAUUCCGAGACGGACAGCAAGAGCUCUGCAUCGUCCACCCUAAGCAACUAAAUAUUACGACACUUGAA